GCCAGUCAAAGAUGAAUCCACUAUGCCGCGCGUGGGCGAUGCUCUCGCUCCUUGGACUCUCCUCGGCGUCAAGGAAUAUCUCGGUGCAGAUACCUGAUCAUCCUGUACAGGACCGCCAGGUCAUCCACGCCAACUAUCAGUCCUUGUCGAUUGAGUUCUUCUCCUUCAUGGAGUACUCGGGGAAUGCAACCUACUCGAACCCCAUGAAUACAAACCUUAUCAGCCAAAUUCGAGAUCUCGGAAACGCUCCCAUCAAGGUCCGCAUUGGUGGCUCUUCUCAGAGCUCAGUCUGGUGGAUACCGGACCAGGAACAGCGCUUGAUCGGGUAUUAUGAGGACGGUAUUGACAAGACGUACAAUGUGACCCUUGGACCGGCCUUCUUCAGUGCCUUUGACGCGUGGCCUGAGGAUACCGAGUUUGUUCUCGGCCUGCCAUAUCCGAAAGACGAGGAAGGCUUGCUAGAAGCCAGUAUCGAAAUUGCGGCGGGGGCGUACGAGAAGCUAGGACCGCGACUCGUUGGUCUUGAGCUGGGAAAUGAGAGACAGGAGAGUGUUUCUCUUCCGGAGUUUACGGAGUACUUUGUGGACUACGCUGAUACGAUCAAUGAGGCGGUGUUUGGGGACAAGAACAAGAAGAUCUAUACCGCAGGGACAUUUCUUGCGCCAACUCUGAUUGAGUGCGAAGAUCCAGACGACGAGACGACUUGCUGGAGCGUCGAGUCUCUGCUUGAGAAUGGAAUUAACAAGAACGGAGUCAUUAAAUAUGCCGACACCCACCAGUACAUGCUCUUAUUCGACACACCCAUUGUCAACCGCCAAUACCUCAUGAACCACAACAACACGGCCUUCUUCGUCGACAGCCACCACGAGCUCGCCGCCCACUCAACCGCCCAGGGAAUCCCAUACAUCCUGGGCGAAACAAACUCUCUCUUCGGCCACGGCCAGGCAGGCAUCUCAGAUACCUUCGCCGCCGCUCUCUGGACAAUCGACUACACGCUGUACAGCGCGCAAACAAACAUCACCAGCCUCGGCUUCCACCAGUCCUUCGGAUGGCGGUACAGCGCGUGGCGACCGAUCUCUGCCUUCGGCGAGCCGGCGGGCGUGCUUCCCUCGUACUAUGGCUUCUGGCUUGUGCAGGAGGCGCUCGGUGCGGAUGGUGGCUGGGGGAAACAGGUCGAGGUUGUCCUUGCCGAGGACCAGGUUACUGCUUAUGCUAUAUAUGAUUCUGAGACGGGGGCGCUGCGCUCGCUUGUUGCGUUGAAUCUCUGGAGUUGGGAUGAGGAGGAGGGUGAGGAUUCGAGGCUGGAGAUUUCUAUUCACCUGCAAUAUAAAGGCCAAGGUGGGUGUAGGGCGAGUGUUCUGAAGUUGACUGCGGCCGGGGCAGAUGUCAAGGACCCGGAAGCCGUGAGGCUUGCUGGGCAGUAUGUGGAUGAGUUGGAGGGCUCUGUCCGUGGAAGUCGAAAAACAGGAGUUCUUGGGCCAAAUGGGAGACUGAGCCUGAAAGCUAGUGAAGCUGCACUGGUGACAUUUGACUGCUGAUGCCUUCUUUACGGCUUUGGAUAGCUUUCGAUAAGUCCAACUAUAUUUGGCUAUGGGCGCUUUAGGGCAUGUAGUGGAUAGUACGGUCCUCGGUAGAGAGAACAUCGUAUUUAUAUCGUAUUUAUUCCAUGGAACACGCU